CUGAGGGCUGCUGUGAUUUGUUUGUCAUUUGUUAUUUCUGAGCAUUAGCCUCGGCAUGGCCACGCCCACCGACGAAGGGCAGUGAUCAUCUGGUUAUCCUAGAUGGCAGGACGGGUGGGAGUGCUGUGGAAGCAGAUAGUAAGGUCCGCGGACCGGUUCCACCAGGCAGCCUUCAGUCCGAAGUUCCUUCUGUACACCAACAUUGGGAUUUCGGUGGGUCUCAGCAUGGUGGGCGACACCAUGGAGCAGUCGUACGAGCGAUUCAUCGGAGAACUUCCCGAAUGGAACCGGAUACGCACUCUGCGAAUGGGAAUCUCGGGAUUCACGGUGGGCGUGGUGUGCCACUACUGGUACCAAUACCUCGACUAUCUGUUUCCGAAGCGAACCUUCAAGGUGGUUGUAAUCAAGAUCCUGCUGGACCAGUUCAUCUGCUCGCCGCUGUACAUCGCCGUGUUCUUUCUCACCAUGGCUCUCCUCGAGGACAAUUCGUGGGAGGAACUGCAGCAGGAGAUCAGGGAGAAGGCUCUCAUCCUCUACGCAGCCGAGUGGACAGUGUGGCCACUGGCGCAGUUCAUCAACUUCCUGCUGAUCAAGCCGCAGUACAGGGUCUUCUACGAUAACACCAUCAGCUUGGGUUACGAUGUCUUCACCUCUCAAAUCAAGUAUCGCAAGAAGCCGGACCAGGAGGAAAAAAAAUAAUAUUUGAAAUAAAAUCUGUACAUCCCGGGAUAAUAUUUUGUGUAGACCCAAAUUUUAAGUAACUUUCAAUUUUCAACCUUUGUUAUUUUAACUACCAUGGUGUCUUAAAUCUCAAGUACUCAAGAAAAGCCGGUCAAUCUAAAAUUUAUGUUGAAAUAAAAACAAAUUUUACUAAAGCCUAAAA